AUACUCCCAAAGUUUUCAAAGCUUCUUGAAAAGCUGCACUGAAUAACGAAGUCUUUGGAAAGCUGCUCUGGUUCUGCUCCGCUCCGAUUUGCUCUUCAGGCACGAUGAAGCUCGGUGGAUCACUGAUCGUCCUUUUCAUGACUCUGUCUGCAGCCCAAGGAUUAAGAUGCUUCAGCUGCAUAAUGAGUAAACCUCAAUCCUGCACUGACACCAUUUCUUGUCCUGCCCUAUUGAAUCGCUGUUUUACAUUAAAAGUGGAAGGGGAUGGCCUGGUCAAUAAGGGUUGUCAGAACAGUGUGCUCUGUGUAGGUCCCAUGUCCUGCUGUGAAGGGGACCUGUGUAACGCUGCCACACACACCGGCCCCUCUGUGAUCCUCCUGCUGGGGCCCUUGGCCAUCAUCACACUUCUCUUCUGAUGCUUUGGAACAGCUUAGGGCAG